ACCGAUAUUAUUUGCCCUACAAUUACAUUUACCACAGUUACGUUAGUUCUAUUAAUACGACUAUAAAUACUACUGCUGCUACUACUAAUACUGCUUCUACUGCUGCUACUGCAGUGACUACCACUGGGGCUACUACUACUGAUACCGUUUCAACUGUUACUUACAAUGCUGCUACUUCUACCAUUGUGUUAAAGAAAAAGACGUUAGCCCGGAACGAUCGUCAGUCACCAACAACCACAACAACGAUAAUAUCAAAGAUAAGAAACGAACCGACAAAACCGACCCAACAACCGCCAACAAUACUACAACCGACCAAGCUUCCAGUACUUAUUACGAUUCUUCCGUUAAGAGCUGGCCUAUUAAGCGUAGCAAAAACAGAGAUCCAAACAGUGACGUUACAGUAUCUCAGUGGAGGUCACUGGAAAACUUGAGUCGUGCUCUCCUGCUCGUUGCUUUCGUCUCAUUCUCAGUUGGCAUCGGAUUAACCACAGCUGGAUUUGCUACAAAUGGACUUCCGGUCAACACGCGCGUAUCCUUACAAAUCGCCGGCCCAGUCAUGCUGGCGGGUGCCGUCGUAGCUUCGUCGUUGGGGUAUUUUCUGGGAAAGCUGUGGAAAGGUGAGUGGAAGCAGAGACAGCUGGAAAUGGAAAGUGCGGUCAGGAACAAAAUCGAUAAAAUGGCAAAAGAACUGCAAGAACAAAUUUAUCAGCAUCACCAGAGAGAUUAUAUAACGUACGAGUAUCCACAGCGAUCGCAGAAGUGGCUGCCCAAGUUGUCGCCAUCGUGCAGCAAGAUUGUUGAAGGAGUGCUGCACGAAAUUGGAUCCAAUUUGGAAGACAAGGCUGCUACGAGAUUGUCCGAAAACUUCAGCACCGAAACUACAACCGCCAAUUCAAGGAGGUCUAGCUCCCGUUUGAACAGCCUGGCUGAGAUAUCCUGGCGUGCGAGGGACAGUGUCAGUAGUGUCUUGCUGAAGCAAGAAAUUGAAAACCAACUCCAGGGGUUACAGAGCAGUCCCAAUCAAAUCCCUGGCAUUCAAAUCAGUCGCAUUGAAACGAUCGACUUGGACCGGGCGUCAGCCGGUAGCAGUGGCAGCUCCAUGAAGCGAUUCAUCAUCGUUCACGGUGAUCUAACGAGCAGUCAGUUCUCUUUCACGUCUGAAUAUUCGCUUCUAUCUUCGAAUGCCAGAAGUCGCUCGAGUAAUGAAGCGAGUUUGCUAGAGUUUUCACCUAGAGAGUCUGAAUGGGAUGCAGACGUUUCGCUUUGCAGUCGAGACUCCCAGACGAGCAUCGCCUACAGUCGCAGCAGUCGAGGUAGCGGACGAGAAGUUGGCCGAAUUUUCUACCAUCAAUACCUUCAACAACAACCACAGCAGCAGCAGC